AAAAUGGCACCGACAGGUGGAUUAUUGACGUGGAUAUUAUUUGCGUUGAAUAUCGGCGUGUCCGUGUGUUGGGAUAACGACGACCUGGAAUUGUUCGAUCUUGUCGAAGAAGUGAACCAGAAUUUCUACGAAGUAUUGGGAGUGGAGAAGGACUGUUCAAGUAAUGAUGUCCGCAGAGCCUAUCGCAGAUUGUCCUUGCAACUACAUCCGGACAAAAACAAGGAAGAAAAUGCUGAAACCAAGUUCAGACAGAUGGUAGCAGUUUAUGAAACACUGAAAGAUGAAGACAAAAGAAAAAGGUACGAACUUGUGCUGGAGAAUGGCCUUCCUGACUGGAGACAGCCAGUCUACUACUACAGACGGGUGCGGAAGCUGGGAAUGCUGGAGUUACUGGCCUUUAUGUGCAUCAUAUUAACCUUCGGCCAAUACCUUGUCCUCUGGUCCAUAUUCUUAGAGAAGAAGUUCUCCAUGGAGGAGGACCAUGAGUCUCGGAGAAAAAAAUUUGAAAAGAAACUGCGGAAAAACAAACUGGAGUUGGAGGACCAGUAUGAUGAACUACAGGAGGAGAUGGACUCCCUGCCCCGGCCAAAAGUGUCUGACCUUUGGCCUAUUAGACUGACCAUGUGGACGGUCAACUUUACAAUCAACCUUCCCACUACAGUCAGAGAGACAGCAGCAGCUCUUAGUGAGUGGAAGCAGCAACGGAACACAGUUGUCAAAGAUGAGGAGGAUGAAGAUGAGGAAGAGGAAGAAGAUGCUGCUAGAAAAGCCAAAAAGAAGGCACGGCCAGAAUUUGUGGACAUUGUGCCAGUUUUGUGUACUGAUGCUGCCCCCGUAGUUUACACCGAGAUGUUACAGUCUAGUGGUGCUGAUGAGGCCAAUACAGACUCUGUCCGGGGUGGUGAGUGGACGGAUGAAGACCUGGCCCAACUGUCCAAGGCAAUGUCCAAGUACCCUGGUGGGUCGGUCAACAGGUGGGAAAAGGUCGCAGGUGUUGUCAACAGAACUGUACCCGAGGUGAUAGCCAAAUCAAAGACACUAAAGACAACUUAUGUAAACAAACUGGACGCCUCUUUACAGAGUGGUGGUUUAAAAGGAGGUAAGAAGACACAGUUAAUAACAGAAGCGAUGAUAUCACACAAAUCUGAUUACGAAGGAACAACCACAGAAAAUACAAAUGGAGAUAUUAAGAGUGGGGAUGUACGCAGGCGUCACAAACCCAAACCAAAGAAAAUAGCAGAAAGGACGUUACUGGCUGCUGUGGAAUCUCAGUCGGAGAACAAACCAGGGGAGGUAACAAAGCCAAAAAUAGUUCAGCCAAAUAAACAGACCGAUUCUGACACAAUUAGUGAAAAUUCUGUUACUUCAAAGAGUACUGGUGAUGGAGACAAUUGGAAUAAAAAUCAACAGACUAUUUUAGAAUGGAAUUUACGACAGUACCCAAAAGGUACGGAUCAAAGAUGGGAAAAAAUUGCUGAGAAGAUUAUCGGCAAAACAAAGGAGGAUUGUAUGAUAAGGUAUAAAUACUUAGCUGAUCUAGUCAAGAAGAAGAAGGAAUUAUCACAGAAACAGUCGGACAACAGCUGAUGUCAACUCACAAAUUAAUUACUGCAAUUUCAAUCAGAAAAGAAGGCAAUAGUAGGUUAUUCCUUAUUAUAGUGAGGCUGGACUAGGCCUAAAUGAAAGUUUGGUAUGUUUGGUGUGACACGACCGACCUAGGAAAGAAACCCAACUGCAAGAAUUAUAUGGAUAUUUGGACAUUUGUCAGUGUACAUUAAAGUACAAUUUUUUUGUGUUCCGUUUUGUAUACUCAUCAGGUUGCCAAAAAAUAACAUUCUGGGACCAGGUCUAUACAUUCAAUAUUUUUGAUAACAUUCACUAAUAAAAAAAUAAAUCUUGUAAAUCAUGGAAAAAAUAUGCUGUCUCUAUUUUGAAAUGAAGAUCUAAUAAGUGUUUUAAUGACAUGUAUAAAUAUAGAAUACUUAACCCUUUCACCACUGCAAACCAUAAUGGACUCAUCCAGAUAAAUGUAUCAGCUAGAGUCUACUCAAGAUACCUAGGGGUGAAAGGGUUAAAGUACUUAUGUGACUGGGUCGACAAGGUGGUGAAACAAAAUGGACGCAUUGCUUCUGUUGAACAGAACGUUCUACUGAUUAGUGUUGAUUGAUUAAAGUUAAAAAAAAAAAAUUCAGAUAAAACAAAUAUUUUUGCCUUUAGCUACCUACCUACUAAAUCCUAAAACACUUGGUUGGGUUCCGCCAAACAGAAAUGUUUUUAAUGGUGGCGCUUUACCGACAUAAAGCUAGGGGUCUUGGAUCAUUUUGUGUUACAGUGUAUGUAUAGCUGUGUAGAUGGACAAUCUUGUGGGACCAGUAAAUCAUGUCUGAUUUUAUUGCUUUAUAAAAUAUAGGUUGUUCAUACGGCUUGUGUACAUUAUUUAGGUGCUAUUUAUUUAGUAUACUUACUGAGUUGUGUUGAGAACUGUUUGGUUUUCUUCGGCACCACAGUACUAUAAUUUGUUCAGACAGGUACUACUGUACAUGUUGUAUAGUCCAAGAUGGGGAACAUACAGUUGUGUUAUCGCACAACAUUGCACCAUGUUUGGUGUGUACAGGAUAUGUGCCCGGUGUGUGCAGGACGUGUGCAGGAUGAGAAACUGUGUAAUAAGUAGCGAGCACACAACAGCGUGUUAGCUAUCGCACAGUUGUUCGGUAGGUAUCGUGGUUGAUAUAUAUAUCAAGCAAUGGCCCCGAUCUUACCAUAUUGCAAAAAUGUGAGCAUUUUAUUGCACACAGGGUGAUAGAUUGUUAAAUCGCACAUAGUUGUGCAGAAGAUGUGUACAUGGUUAAGUUAUAAUUUUGGUGCCUUGUGUGAUCACACAACUGUACUAUGCUAGGAUGUCAUAACUGAACAACAUCAUUGACAACUAAAUUGAGGUUGUUUUCAUGUAUCUGGUUCAACCACUUCAGCUGAUUAAACCUGAAAGGAAACGACAGGCACAGAUUGGGUACAAGGCUGAUUUGAGAAAAAAUUGGCACAUGCUUAUCAAUUCAAGGGGUCCAAACGUUUGCAGUAUAUUUUGUAGUAUCUCUACAUAAAACAAGUUUGAUUCAAACAUGUACAUGUAUUUUCAGAUAUGUCUUUCAUGUGCUUGUCACUUGUCAAAAAGUGUAAAAAAUAAAUAAUCAUAAAGUAAUUAAUCAUUGAACAAGAGGAAGACUUCUACGCAUUGCAAAUCAUUUUAAAGCUUUGUUCAAUACAAAGCUAUGGGAAGCCUUCAAUUAAGGGAGAGCAAAUUAAAACAACUUAUAUCAAAGACUUCUGUAAUGGGAGGCUAUUUAUAAG